GGAAGUGGGCGAGCGGCGUGGAGGAGGCCGGGCCGUCAUGGCAACGGCUUUCAGCAGCGAUGGGGAGGCCGCGCUGCGGCGGGAGCUGCCACUGGGCCUGGCGCCAGCGCGGGAGGCGCUGGACGACUUCUACGAGAUGGACCGGGCCGCCGCCUUCGUGCGAGGCGGGGGGUUCCGCACGGUCGCCCUCCAGUUCCCUGACGAGCUCCUGGCAGGUGCGGCAGCAGUGGCAGCUCAGAUGGAAGCAGUGACUGGGGCCAAGAUGUACGUCCUGGGAGACACCACAUAUGGCAGCUGCUGUGUCGACGAAGUGGCUGCUGAGCAUGCUGGUGCUGAGGCUGUGCUGCACUACGGUCCGGCCUGCCUCAGCCCCUGCAGAAAGCUCCCGGUGCUCCACAUCUUUGGUCAGCAGCCGGUAGACAUCAGGGACUGUGCAGAGGCCUUCCGGCAGCUCUACCCUGACCGGCAAAGCCAUGUGGUGGUGCUGAGUGAUGUGGUCUAUGCCCAUGCAAUGGGUGAGCUGGAGCAGCAGUUGUGCCCCGAGUACCCCAAUGUUGUUUUCUCCAGAGUGGUGUGUGGGGACCCUUCUGGCUCCACACUGCCUGGGGAGGUGUGCCAGUUUGGCCGCCAGUUCCCAGUGGAGGCACCAGGAGGGCUGCAGGACUGUGCCAUGUUCUACGUAGGAGCCGAGGGCCUGGCUCUCACGAACUUUAUGCUGACCUGGAACUGCUGCCCCUUCAGUUCCUUUGAUCCUGCCACCGGCUGUGGCCGCCGCGAGACCCUCAACGUUAACCGGGCCCUGAUGCGACGCCUCUACCUGGUGGAGCGGGCCCGGGAUGCCCGGGUGGUGGGCAUCCUGGUGGGCACCCUUGGUGUGGCAGGCUACCUGGCCGUGCUGCAGCACCUCCGCGAGCUUUUGCGCCGGGCUGGCAAACGCAGCUACACGCUGGCUGUGGGGAAGCCCAACCCUGCCAAACUGGCCAAUUUCCUGGAGGUAGACAUCUUCGUCCUGGUGGCCUGUGCUCAGAACUCCCUGCUGGAUUCCAGUGAGUUCUACCGGCCUGUCGUGACCCCCUAUGAGCUGGAGCUGGCCUGUAACCCAGCCCGCAAGUGGACGGGGAACUACCUCACUGACUUUAGAGACCUGCUGCCAGGUGCCUGUGCGCACGUUGAGCUCCCACCAGCCAUUCCGGCAGCAGAGGCUGUUCCUGACAUCUCACUGAUCACGGGGGAGAUGCGCGCCACCCACCUUUGUGACCCCCCAGCUCCCCAGCUGCCCCCCAGCACCACCCUGGUCUGCAGGGACCAGACACAGGCCCUGGCGGAGAUCAGUCCUGCUGCCUCCUUCCUGGAGUCCCGCAGCUGGCGAGGACUGGAGCAGCAGUUGGGGCAGACGCCGGUCUCCAAAGCUGUGCAGGGCCGACGAGGGAUUGCCAUCGCCUACGAGGACGAAGGGUGUGAGCAGCCCUGAUGUGGCAGCAGUGGCACGCAGCCAGAAGCAGGGGCCGUGCAGGAGCCCAGGCGUCGCAGUGUCAGACUCAAGGGUGUCACAAGGGUACAGACCUGCCACCAGCUGGCCCCGCACUGGAUGCAGCCUGUGGUCAGUAGUUCUGUGGUGGGAGAGCAGGAAGUGUGUUUGGGGAUUCCCAGGGCUGACAGCCAGGACAACAGCAGGGCCAGGAGUGGCGCUUGGCCCUGACCUGACCUCCGAGUGGUCCCCAGCCUAGGGCAGCUUUGGCCCACAGGGAAAGGGGACAACUUCACCUGAACCAACAGCAGCAAGACUUGAGGCUUUUAUGGGCUACUGCUGCUAACUAAAGCUGAACUGAAAAGAACUUGUGAGUGUAUCGUCUUCUAGAAUAAAACAUGGGCUGAGGAGCACAGAUGGUGGUGAUACCAAGCAUCUCAAGGUGAAAACACUGGUCAUGGUGACCACCUGGGAAGCACAGCCCCACGCUU